AUGGCAGCAUUUCUCGCGGCAAAUCUAAAUCCUUGCAACUACUUCGGGGGAAAGAGCUUUAAUCCUGACCAAGAUAUCCCAGACUUGUCGGGAAAGGUCGUCUUGGUAACUGGUGGAAAUGCUGGUCUGGGAAAGGAAUCGAUCAUACAGCUAGCCAAGCACAAACCAAACAAGAUAUUUCUUGCUGCGCGGUCGGAGACGAAAGCGCAAAAGGCCAUCAGUUCCAUAAAAGCGGAGCUCGAUCAUCAAGUGGAGAUCAUCUGGCUUCGUCUGGACUUAAUGUCCCUUAAAUCAAUCCAGCAGGCUGCACGGGCAUUUCACGUACAAUCUUCACGCCUCGAUAUCUUGAUCCUCAAUGCUGGUGUGAUGUCUCUUCCGCCGGGAGAGACGGAUAUGGGCCAUGAGAUCCAGUUUGGUACCAAUCACACCGGUCAUUUCCUGCUCACGACGCUUUUGCUUCCGACGUUAUUAAAGACGGCAGAGGAACCCAACUCAGAUGUCCGGAUCAUAUCUCUUUCGUCAGUAGGACAUAACCUGGCACCGUCAUUCGACACCAUCUUAGACCAAGAUCGGCUGAAGAGAUGCAACACUAAUACGCGCUAUGGAGCUUCAAAGGCUGCAAAUAUCCUGUUCGCUGCUGAGCUGGCUCGGCGCUAUCCGUCGAUAACCUCUGUUUCCGUUCAUCCUGGAGUCAUUCUCACAGAUCUAUAUAAUUCUCUGAGCGAACGAUCUAUCAUCGCUGCGUUGGGCUCAAAGACAUUGGGCUUUUUCGGAACACCGGUUCACGCGGGCGCCUAUAACCAGCUGUGGGCCGCUGCUGGUGCAAAGAAGCAAGACCUAUCCAAUGGCAGUUACUAUAUUCCGGUAGGACACCACAAGCCCCAUAACCGGUAUGCCGGCAGCGAGGAAAUGGGAAGACGUCUAUGGGAAUGGACUGAGUCCGAGUUACGCAAGUUCGACGCCCUUAAAUAA